UUUGUUAUUGAAUGAGGUUUUUUUUCUAGUUAGGGUUUUGUUAGUUAACGAUUGUUUAGCUCACCCAAGCCGUAACCCCGAAACGGAUAAACCUUUAACAUACACUACAAAGUUCCUCAUUUCUAUUCGUUGAACGACUCAUAACGUUUGGUGUUUUCACAUUGUAUCGCUUUCAAGGAAGACAAAUUGCGUCGGCACGGCGUGUCUCCAAUCGGGCGUAUCCUCGGCAAGGGUGGCCCCAUGUGAUCCGUUCUAACCAAUCACCUUUGAGCAAGGCCCUUCAACUGUCGCUAAUUGGCUGUAACGCGAGUUGGUCAAUUUCAGGUUGCCAGUUGUGCGUCGCAGGUUUUGAUGUUGAAAGUGAGAGAAGGCGUUUUUGUGAGUUUUGCUGAAGUUUUUGAUUCGAAUUGUUUGUUUUCCCGUUGACGUGGGAAAAAAAGACAUGCAGGCUAUAAGGAAUCUGUUCCGCGCUCCGUGGGCCAGCGCCGAGAAGCUGGAGGGCAAGACUGUGCUCAUCACCGGAGCCAACACCGGCAUCGGCUUGGAGGCGGCGGCCGACCUGGCCACGAGAGGUGCCCGAGUGAUCAUGGCGUGCCGUGACAUGGAGAAGGCUCAGGCGGCCAUCAAAGAGGUGAAGGAGCGCUCGCUGAACGAAAACGUGGUGUGCGUGAAACUGGACCUGUCUGACACUAAAUCCAUCCGAGAGUUUGCGCAGGCCAUCAAUGAAGGCGAGACCAAACUGAACAUCCUGAUCAACAACGCGGGCGUGAUGGCGUGCCCAUACGCCAAAACGGCCGACGGCUUCGAGUUGCAGAUAGGUGUCAAUCACUUCGGCCACUUCCUGUUGACAUUCCUCCUGCUAGACCUGCUGAAACGCUCCAGUCCGGCGCGUGUGGUGACGGUAUCCUCCAUGGCUCACUCUUGGGGCUCCAUCAACUUGGACGACAUCAACAGCGAGCGUGCCUACGACAAGAACAAAGCGUACGCGCAGAGCAAGCUAGCUAAUGUGCUGUUCACGCGCGCGCUCGCCAAACGGACGCAAGGCACGGGCGUGACGGCGUACUCUCUGCACCCGGGCGUGGUCCAGACGGACUUGUGGCGCCACCUGAACGGGCCUCAGCGCUUCUUCUUGAAGAUGGCCAGCCCCUUCACCAAGACGUCAGCGCAGGGCGCGCGCACCACCGUCUACUGCGCCGUCGAGCCAUCGCUCAGCGACCGGAGUGGCGGAUAUUACAGCAACUGCGCGCCCGCAAACUGCUCGACGGCGGGCGAGGACGACGAGCUGGCGCAGAAGCUGUGGGAGCUCAGCUGUCGGAUGCUCAACAUCACGUGGGACUGACUGCCUGCGAUUCCAACACUUCUUGCUAAUAUUCAUAAUGCAGCUUUUCGUCAUUUUCUCGUCAGCUUUGUACUGAAUGUUUGGGUCUACUGUAUCUGCUUGUGUUUGCACACCUGAAAAAUAUCUACUUAAUAAAUAAUACAAAGACAA